AUGCGGCUCCUGCAACGAGGCAACGCCAGCAACUACACCCUCACCGCCGAUCUGCGCGCUGAUGGCAUACCCCCCUAUGCAAUUCUUUCCCAUACCUGGGGCACCGACGAAGUCAUCUACAACGAUGUCAAAACGACUCCAAACGACUGGCACAAGAAAGACGGCUACGCGAAGACCAAGUUCUGCGCCGACCAGGCCCAGCGACAUGGCCUGCAGCAUUUCUGGGUAGACUCUUGUUGUAUCGACAAAUCAGACGCCAUCGAACUCCAAACUGCAAUCAAUAGCAUGUUCAAGUGGUACCGUGGCGCGCAGCGAUGCUACGUGUUCCUCUCCGACCCAGGUGUGGCAUUGUGGGAUGCCGCUUUUCGAGGUAGUCGGUGGUUUACGCGCGGCUGGACACUUCAAGAGCUCAUAGCCCCACAGAUUGUCGAGUUUUACUCAAAGGAAGGUGUUUUCUUGGGCGACAAGAGGUCGCUGGAGGCUGCCGUACGCGACGUCACAGGUGUCCCUGCAAAGGCGCUACGGGGUACACCAUUAUCCGACUUUACGACUUCCGAACGCGAGGCUUGGGCACGCAAUCGGAAAACGAAGUAUGAGGAAGACAUGGCGUACUCGCUGCUUGGAAUAUUUGGCGUCCACAUGCCACUCAUCUAUGGCGAGGGUCGCGAAAACGCACAGAAGAGAUUGCGAGAAGAGGUCCAGAAAUCAGUGAAAGGCGCUCACCACAACUUUUUAAUCAGCUUCAGUCGUUCUGGCAUUCCCGAGACUCCACAUUUUGUGGCAAGAGAUGCAGAAGUAGCCGAGAUGCGGAGGAUGCUGUGCUCGGAUGGGAGCCGUCGCAUUGUCGUACUCCACGGUCUAGGCGGCAUCGGCAAGACACAGCUCGCUGCGACUUAUAUCAGUCGAUAUCGGGACGAGUACUCGGCCAUCUUCUGGCUCAAUGUCAAGGACGAAGCAUCCAUUCAGCAGAGCUUUGCUAGGAUCGCAUCGCAGAUCCUCGAACAGCAUGCCGACGUCGGCAGCCUCAAGGGACUGAACCUGCAGCAAGACCACGGCAAGCUUGUGCAGGCCGUGAAAGCGUGGCUCAGCUUGCUCGGCAACACCAGAUGGCUCAUUGUGUAUGAUAACUACGACAAUCCAAAGCUCCCAGGACGGAAAACCGAGGCCGCGGUCGACAUACACCAGUUUCUCCCAAUGGCAGAUCAGGGCUCAGUAGUGAUCACAACACGGCUGUCGCAAAUCGACAUGGGUGAUCACAUCCGAGUCGAGAAACUCAAAUCCGAAGACGAAAGCAUGCAAAUACUGUCGAAGGCAUCAGGCCGAAACGACUUACAAGAUGAUGGUGAUGCACAAGAACUUGUACGAGUGCUGGACGGGCUUCCUCUCGCUCUAGCUACGGCCGGAGCAUAUUUGAAGCGCGUCCGGGUCAGCAUAUGCGACUAUCUUCGCUACUACCAGGCAUCUUGGGCAAGAGUUACCGGGGACCUGCAUCUCGGAUCCUAUGCAGAUCGUACAUUAAGUUCAACAUGGCAGUUGUCAUAUAAGCAGGUUCAGGCACAGAACCCACUUGCGGCUCAUCUGCUCCGUUGGUGGGCCUACUUCAACAACGAAGACAUAUGGUUCGGUCUUCUUCGGGCGAGAAGCGAGACCGGUCCUGCAUGGAUGGAGCAGCUUUCAGAAGAGCUCGACUUCAACGACGCGAUGGGCGUACUCCACGACUACGGCCUUGUCGAACCUACAGCUAUGUUCCAGGAGCCACAGGGAUAUAGUAUACAUGGUUGUCUGCAUUCUUGGACGAGUCAUGUUUUGAACGAGGAGUGGGACGGCUGCUUAAACAAGCUUGCAGUUGAGAGCGUGGCAUCGCAGGUUCCAUCAAACGAAGAAGCUGAAUAUUGGCUGCUUCAGAAGCGACUGCUGCCGCAUGCGAUCCGGUCUUGUUCAACAGUACAGGAGAGCAACUUUCCUCUAGACUGGGCUUUCCAUUCUCUGGGUAAUCUUUUCGCCGACCUGGGGAAGCUGGGCGAGGCCGAGAAGAUGUACUUACGGGCGCUUCAUGGGAAAGAGAAGGUACUUGGACCAGAGCAUACAUCGACACUCGACACAGUGAACAACCUUGGGAUCCUUUACUCCGAUCAGGGGAAGCUGGACGAGGCCGAGAAGCUGUACCUACGGGCGCUCGAUGGAUACGAGAAGCCGUAG